AUGGCGGACUUUGAACCAAUCGUCGCAAAAUGGAUGCUUGCGACUGCACAGCUCGAUGGCGAGAAUCGCAUGGGCGUCCCUUUGGAUAGCGUUAAAGAAGAAAGUAUCUCUGUGAGAGAUGUUUCCAACGGCAACCUCUUGAAAAUCAUGGUCGAGAAAGCACCAGGGAAGCGAGAGGAAGCUGUUUUUACGACGGUUGGGCAACUCGUCGACUGUGACCUUCCACCCAUCACGUGGAAGAUAGUCAAAAAGGCUGUUGGCGGUCAAGUUCUUCAACGUGCUGCAGUGACUGGCUUCAAGUCGGCGCCUUUCCUCAAGGGCCUUGAAAUCCUUUCGAACCUCGAGACAAAACUCGGAGCAGCUGUUCCGCGUGAUAUUCCCGUAAAAGCGACCUGCACCACCUACGCAGAAAAUGUGAAAGAUGUCGCACUUGUCACCAGUACUCGGUACUUCACUCGUGCGCGCAAGCCUAUUCCAGCUUCUGAUCGUCGUCCCAUCCCUUCUACUGUCGAUCCACACGGUCUACUUGCUCGUUCGGAAAACGAAAAGACGGCUUUUUGCACCGACAACAUUGUUCAUUAUGUGAAGCUGGUCGAUAAUCAAAUAGUCGUCAAAGAUCCGAGCUCGUUUGCCGUCGGAGAUUUGAUUCAACUAGGCUUCGCUAUGCAUGCCUAUCGCAUGUUUGACGUUGAAGCAGGCCCCUCGUUUGUUAUUAAACUUGUCCUUCGCAGUCUUUUGUAUCUGGACACACCUAGUGCAACUAAACCGGAAAAUGCCAACACGGUCAUUAAACGCAAGCUCAUCAAUGACACAUAUGAGGAACAACAUGCUAAGCGCCUCCGUCGUGCAGCGAAUCCACUCGCCGAUCGCGUGUUUGCAGAGGUUAUUGUUGCUCCCGAUUCGAGUGACGAUGAAGACCAAGGCGGCCUCAAUUUGCUUGACCUCGACAUAUCCGGACGUACUGGCAAUUGA